AUGUCUCCAACCUUCCCCCCGGUUGACCAAAGCCAGUCACCUAGCUUAGCAUGCUCGGACAAGACAAACGAGCUUGCUAAGUGGACCGAUGGCGAGCCAUCGGUCAAUAUCUCGAUCUCUCCGCUUAAAACCAAGAUCUUGACCACCGACGCGGAAUAUGAGCUGGAGCUAUGCUCAGCAAAGUCGCUGUCCCAACUUCAAAGGCCAAUGGCCGUUUAUCGCCAAGCGCUAGUCGACUAUUAUCUUGCGGAUGCCAAACAGGGUGGCCACUCUGACAAAAAAGCUCAAUUGAGAAAUGUUCGUUUCCUACGCGAUACUGCAGAGAAUAUUCUCCAUAUCGCUGAGAACGAGGGCUUGAAAAACUCCGGGCUCUACCGCCAAGUACAACAAGUUUUUCAGAGCAGCCGAAAUCAUGCUCUGUAUCUUUCCGAAGACCGCCGUCGUCAGACCAACCAGGUAAAGAGUGAUAGCUCCGGGGGCAAUCAUGGCCUGAGAAUUAGUCACAAUCAGAGCUUUGGAGAUCGCGGAAUCCAUUUCGCUUCUUCAAAGAGGGGCAGAUCGCAUAGUGAAGAACGCUCUUAUCACGACUCAGUGGUGCACGAUGACAGACAGCAUGGACAAAUCGCAUUCGACUCGAGACCCGACCGGGAGUACGGCUCACGCUACCAUGGCACCCGAAGGUUUCUUCGCAGAGAAAUGGAUACCAUGACCGCCACUCGCGAUGCCCUUGAUGAUUCUAAUAUUUUUGACGAUCAUGAUACUAUCGCUGCCCAAGGUGCCUACCAUGAUAGAUCCUCAUAUUACGUCCAGGUUUACCCCCGCCAAGACACUGAAUCGAACCGACGCAGCGGCAGAGGACUUUUGGAUUCAUGGCGCCCUCCAACAUGA